CAUGCCAGUUAAGUGGUUAAUUAAAGCAGAAAUGCUUCACUCUCCAUGGAAAUAGUGGAACUGCACUGAUGUAUAUUCUCUCCCUAUCACGGUUUAUUCUUCCUCUGCUGCACCUGUCACUGGAACUCCCGCCCACAGUUUCUGUUCCAUCUGUCUCCAUCCUCUCUCUCUCCUCCCUGCUGUUUCCUCUUCUCAUUUCAGAUUCUGCAUUUUCCAGCUGCCAGCCUCCAUGUUUGUAAAGAUGGAAACCAAUGGCAUUGUCUCACUCUACGUACCGCUGGUGUUACUGGUCUGUGGACUAAAUCCAAUUUUUGCCCACAACCCGCGAAACCCAGAUCGUGUAUCAGAAGCCGAUGUCCAGCGCCUGCUUCAUGGGGUAAUGGAAGAGCUGGGCAUUGCCCGGCCAAGAGUGGAGUACCCUGCACACCAGGCCGUUAACAUUGUGGGGCCACAGAAUAUAGAAGGUGGAGCGCAUGAGGGCCUGCAGCACUUGGGACCAUAUGGGAACAUCCCAAAUAUUGUAGCUGAACUUACAGGAGACAACAUUCCUAAAGACUUCAGAGAGGACCAAGGCUACCCCAACCCUCCUAACCCGUGUCCUGUUGGAAAAAUUGGUGAGAGCUGCCUGGAAGACACACCAGACACAGCCCAGUUCAGCAAGGAGUACCAGCUUCACCAGAACCUUUAUGACCCAGAACACAACUAUCCAGGAGUAAACAAGUGGAAUAAAAAGUUACUCUAUGAGAAAAUGAAAGCAGCAUCCCAGAGGAAGAAGAGGACGGUGAAUCCAUACCUACAGGGACAGAGACUGGACAGUGUUGUAGCCAAGAAGUCUGUUCCGCAUUUCUCUGGCGAAGAGGAAUAAGCAGAACCAAAUGAGUGAGCCGCCUUUGCUGUGAUCCAGCUCGGCGUCCUAUCUGCAGCUCCAGAGCCCCACUGACUGGCAGUGUGUUUAUUAUUUAUAGACCUGUGAAUGGGAAACAGCUGGAUUUAUAACAUUAUGUUGUCAUAGAUAAUAAAAAAUAUAGACUUCUGCUUUCUGUUAAAUUAGGGGAACAGUAUCUUUUUCUUGUGCUUUUUUUGUGCUGCUUUGAGAGGCAGUUUAACCUAUUGGUUGCUGCCAAACACUGUCAGUCUUACGAGGUAGUUGAAAAUAAGAUUUCAUCUCCCCAAGCGAACCUGUGUCUAGACUGCUGCGGAAAUUAGUACUGUAAACAAAUAAUAAUUGCAAUAAAGACUUCACCCCCCGUC